AUGUUGCAGAGCAAGUCUUUCGUCAAGAAAACCAAGCAAGGGAAAGUAGUCAAGGUUGUAAGAGAACACUAUUUAAGGGACGAUAUAUACUGUGGUGUCCCUUUUUGCAAAGUUUGCGAUGUUGCGGUGGCACGCCUCAGUUCCACUGCCUCAACUAUCAUCAUUGUUGAUACCAAUGUUGUACUUCAUCAGAUUGAUCUGCUGGAAAAUUCUGCCAUGAAUGACGUGGUGGUGUUAUCAGUAGUGUUGGAGGAGGUGAAAAACAGAAAUCUUGCUGUAUAUAAUAGACUAAGGGCGCUUUGCAGCAACCAGCUUAGGAGGUUCUUUGUCUUUUCCAAUGAAUACCACAAGGAUACAUAUGUGAAGAUUGAGACUGGUGAAAGUCCAAAUGAUAGAAAUGACAGAGCAAUUCGAGUUGCGGCCCAGUGGUAUCAAAGUCAUCUUGGCAAUGCAGUACGGGUUUUACUUAUUACAAAUGACAGAGAAAACAGAAUCAAGGCCCUUGAGGCUGGGAUUCCUGUGGAGACAGUUGAGUCAUAUGUCAAAUCGCUCGGUCAGCCAGCAUUACUUGAUUUGAUAGUUCAGGCUCCAUCUGAUGAUGUCACAAUGGAGGACGCAGAAGAUCCAAGGCCUUCAAAGAGAAAAACAAUCUAUUCUGAGCAUAAGCCCAUGUCGGAAAUUACAUCUGGUUUGCACCAUGGCAUUUACCAUCAAGGAAAAUUGCGGGUUAACCGUUACAACCCAUUUGAAGCAUAUGUUGGGAGUGAGAGUAUCGGGGAUGAAAUUAUUGUUUACGGGCGUGCAAACAUGAAUAGGGCAUUUGACGGUGAUAUAGUGGUUGUGGAACUUCUACCUAUAGAUCAGUGGCAAGAAGAGAAAUCUCUGGGGAUAAUGAAUGAUGAGGAUGAGGAAGAAGAUAAUGUUCAUUUAGCUCCAAGCAGUGCUGAUGAUGCUCCCAGAGUUUCGAAUGUAACACCGGCUUCCUCUGAGGAUAAAAAUGCUUUGCCAACUCGUCCAUGUGGUCGUGUUAUUGGCAUUAUAAAACGUAACUGGCACUCUUAUUGUGGAUCUUUGGACCCAAUGCCUAUGCCUGCAGGCGAGGGUAGUGUUGCCCAUGCUCUAUUUGUCUCUAAAGAUCGUAGAAUUCCUAAGAUCCGGAUACAAACCCGUCAGCUUGGUAACCUCUUAGACAAAAGGAUCAUUGUUGCUGUUGAUUCAUGGGAUCGACUGUCUCGAUAUCCCUCUGGACAUUAUGUAAGAACCAUAGGCCAGAUAGGUGACAGAGAUACUGAAAGUGAGGUGGUGCUGAUAGAGAAUGAUAUUGAUGCCAGACCAUUUUCCUCUCAAGUUUUGGCAUGUUUGCCACCCUUACCAUGGGUUGUUUCUGCCGAAGAUAUAGCGAAUCCCAUUAGGCAAGAUUUGCGUCAUUUAUGUGUUUUCAGUGUUGAUCCUCCAGGAUGCAAGGACAUUGAUGAUGCAUUGCAUUGCACACUUCUUCCAAAUGGUCAUUUUGAAGUGGGAGUUCAUAUUGCUGACGUGACAAACUUUGUUCAACCUGGAACCCCCUUGGAUGACGAGGCCGCGCAAAGGGGUACAUCUGUCUAUCUUGUUGAGAGGCGUAUAGACAUGCUUCCAAAACCUCUGACUGAAGAUAUUUGUUCAUUGCGCUCAGAUAUCGAGAGAUUAACAUUUUCUGUUAUAUGGGAGAUGACACCCGAAGCAGAAAUUAUUUCCACAAGGUACACGAAGGCCAUUAUCAAAUCUUGUGCAGCAUUAUCUUAUGUGGAGGCUCAGGCGAGGAUGGAUGAUAGGCGCUUGAUGGAUCCAUUGACCACAGAUCUGCGCAAUCUGAAUGCUUUAGCAAAGAUAAUGAGGCAAAAACGCAUCGAGAGAGGAGCCUUAACGCUUGCUUCUGCUGAAGUCAAAUUUCAAAUUGAUACUGAAACUCAUGAUCCCCUUGAUAUCGGUAUGUAUCAAAUUCGAGAAGCAAACCAGAUGAUUGAAGAGUUUAUGCUUGCUGCUAAUAUAUCAGUUGCUAAGAAAAUUUUGGAACAUUUCCCCCUCACCUCGCUGUUAAGACGGCAUCCAAGCCCCACUAAAGAGAUGCUUGAACCUUUACUUCGAACUGCCGCUGCUGUUGGUAUCUGUUUGGAUGUGACGUCUUCGAAAGCACUCGCCGAUUCACUUGAUCAUGCAGUGGGUGAUGAUCCAUACUUCAAUAAACUUAUUCGCAUUCUGGCAACACGAUGCAUGACACAGGCUGUGUACUUUUGUAGUGGAGAUCUCAGUCCUCCAGAGUUUUCUCAUUAUGGUCUUGCUGCUCCCUUGUAUACACAUUUCACUUCUCCUAUACGAAGAUAUGCAGAUGUAAUCGUGCACCGAUUGCUUGCUGCAUCUUUGGGAAUAUCCAAGCUUCCAGAUAUUUUCCAAGAAAGACCUCGACUAACCUGUAUUGCUGACA